GGCCUAAUCCUUAGCUUCUUUCCCAGGGGAAAGGGAAAGAUCCCCAUCUUCUUUUGCCAGUCUCCCUGGAAAUCGGCAAUGUUACUCCCCAGCAAACGUCAAGCCCAUCUCAGUCUUGUUGUUCCUAUGGCGAACCUUCUCUCGACUUCUGAAAGCCUUCACUUCCCGGACUGUGUUCUAUGCAUUGGAUUCCUUGUCUCCUUUUUCUUUCCCUUGGAUAGUAUCACUGCAAGCCUCAUCUUGCCUGUUGCGGGGGUGAUGGUGCUGGCAGUUGCAGUAAAGGGAGCAGAGUUUUGGGUUUUAGUUUUAAGGCCUUCCAUAGAGCAAGAAAAAGUUGAAAAUCAAGCUGCGGGAGGGAGUGUCACUUCCCAAUUGGGAUCAAAAAAUCCAGUAGUUAUUCUUCUGAAGUUGAAGCUGGGAGUGCCUAGAAAGCAUUCCCUCUGCCUUUGUUUAGUCUAACUCAAAGUUCGUCUGAAGUUUUGCAGUGAAGAAUAGGGACGAUGAUAAGGGGCUGGAAAAGCACUUCCUCUACUUUCCUUCAACUUGGUGUCUCCGAAUCCCUCACUUCCCUUCCUUACCUGUACUUUUCUCUUUCUCCUCCUGUUUUCUUUUAUUCUUUCCAAACCCAGUUUUUCUCUACCUCUUUUUCCCGUUCCAAGAAAUCCAAGUACGUAUUUGACAAAAUAGAGGAUGCUUUGGCUUUCUUCAAUCACAUGAUUCGUGCCCGUCCCCGCCCAUCUAUUGUUGAAUUUAAUCAAUUAGUGGUGGUUAGAAUGAAGCAUUAUGAAACUGCUAUUUCUCUGUUGAGACAAAUGGAAUUAAGAGGAAUCAGACGUGAUGUUUAUACUCUCAACAUCUUGCUUAAUUGUUAUUGCCGCUUGCAUCGUUCGGAUAUUGGGUUUACGUUUUUGGGAAAAAUGUUGAAGCUGGGUAUUAAACCUGAUACUACUACAUUUAACACCCUCGUCAAUGGGUUGUGUGUUGAAUCUAAUAUAGGUGAAGCAGUGAUCUUGUUUGAUGAGAUAGUCAGGAAUGGUUAUCAACCUGAAUCGAUUACUUAUAAUACCAUAAUAAAUGGUCUUUGUAAAAUAGGCUAUACCAGUGGAGCUACUAGAUUAUUAAGGAACAUGGAACAAAGAGGUUAUCUACCUGACUCUGUAACAUACAACACAAUUAUUGAUAGUCUUUGCAAGGACCAGCUUGUAACUGAGGCUUUAAACUUCUUCUCUGAAAUGACAGCUAAAGACGUUCUGCCAAAUGUUGUGACUUAUAGUUCUUUAAUUCAUGCCAUGUGUGAUUCAGGCCAGUGGAAGGAAGUUAUGAGAUUAUUGACUGAAAUGGUUGUUAACAAUUGCAAACCAGAUGUUGUCUCCUAUGGUAUAUUGGUUGAUGCAUUUUGUAAAGAAGGGAGGGUUUCAGAGGCUCAUGACAUUGUUGAAAUAAUGAUUCAACAAGGUGUUGACCCCAAUACCAUUACCUAUACUACUUUGAUGGAUGGAUACUGCUUGCAAGGCAAAAUGGAUGACGCUAGAAAAGUUCUUAACUUGAUGAUUAUUAAGGGUUGUGUACUUAAUAUUUAUGGUUACAACAUCUUGGUCAAUGGAUAUUGUAUAUUGCAAAAGAUAGAUGAGGCCAUGAAAGUCUUUCACGAAAUGUCUCCAAAUGGAUUAUUCCCUAACACUGUUACUUACACUACUCUUAUGAAUGGCAUGUGCCAAGUAGGGAGACUUUCUGCAGCACGAGAACUUUUCAAGGAAAUGAGUGCUCGUGGCCUUGUUCCAAACACAAUCACCUACUCUACUUUGUUACAUGGCUUAUGCAAGCAUGGUCAUGUUCAUGAGGCAGUGGAACUUUUUCAUUUUAUGCAGAACAGUGGGAUAGAAGCUAACAUAGUCCACUAUAGUAUCUUAAUUGAUGGCUUAUGUCAAGUUGGGCAACUUAAUGUUGCAAGGAAAUUAUUUUAUGCACUACCAGUCAAAGGGUUACGCCCUAAUGUUUACACUUGUAAUAUCAUGAUCAAAAGACUUUGUGAAGAAAGGUUACCAAAUGAAGCAUUUGAAUUGUUUAGGAAAAUGGGAGUGAAUGGCUUCUUGGAAGAUAGCUGUUCUUACAAUACAAUCAUCAAAGGAUUUUUGCUAAACGAUGAUGUGUCAAGGGCAAUGCAGAUUUUACGUGAGAUGGUUGAUAAAGGAUUUUCUGCAGACUCUUCAACAGCAACAAUGCUAGUGGAUCUAUUGUGUAGAAAUGGAGGAGAUCGAUCUAUUUUUGAGCUACAUCGUAAAAACUGUGAAGAUGAUCAAAAUGUCAACGUGUAAUGACUUGUUAUCCAUCAAUCUUUGUUUAUUAAAUUCUAUUCUAAAAGUUCUUGUUUGCUGCAAAGAAAAACA